CAGUCGCGAAUCCAGCGCCGCCGUGGCACGACGUACGUUCGGAUACCAGUGAUACUUCGUACCGGCACCGGAACUAAAUACUAGUGAAAUACUUUACAAAUACUCUAUUGUUGUUCAGUGAAGUUCGUGAAAAGGAGUAUUUUAGUGUCUGUGGAAAAAUGAACAUAAUAUGGUGCGUGGUGGGGUUGCUAGCAGUGCUCUGCUCGCCAGCCAGCGGCCACGGUCGCCUCACUGAGCCCCCCUCCCGCGCCACCGCGUGGCGGUUCGGCUUCGACACCCCCCACAACUACAACGACCACGAGCUGUACUGCGGCGGCUUCACGCGGCAGUGGAAGAAGAACGAGGGGAAGUGUGGGGUCUGCGGGGACGCCUGGGACGCCCCCGUGCCCCGCGCCCACGAGCUCGGCGGACGCUUCGGGAAAGGCGUCAUCGUACGAAGAUAUGCCCCUCAAGAUCCCAUAACAAUCAAAGUCGAACUGACCGCCAAUCAUAACGGCUUCUUCGAAUUCAGAGUCUGCGAGGAACCCAAAACCACCACCCAGGAAUGCUUAGACAAAAACGUCCUAAAAAUCGACGGGAGAGACGGCACCAAAUACUACCCGCGCGACGGAAAUAAAGUUUACGAGAUGAAGUACCGCUUGCCAGAGGGCCUGGAAUGCGCGCACUGCGUGUUGCAAUGGCGGUAUAUAGCCGGAAAUAACUGGGGUACCUGUGAGAACGGGACCGGGGCAGUGGGUUGCGGGCCGCAGGAGGAAUUCAGAGCUUGCGCGGACAUAGCUAUUGGAGAUCGCUUCGUGACUACUACAAGAAGGCCGAGACCGAGCUACGUGCCGCCUGGCAGACGGCCAACCGUGCCAGCGCCGGAAGAAAGCACGUCCAGCAGCGCGUGGUACGGCGUCGUUGUGGCCGUCGUCGCGCUGCUUGUCGCUGUGUCCGUCCUCGCCGGCUUCUACCUGUACUACUACAGAGGAGGCAUGAGAAUCAAAAGCUUCCUGAAGAAAACCCCUCCGCCCGCGCCUGUCCCGCCCCCGCGACACAAGCGAUCCUCCCUUUCAAGAGAACACCCACCGGAACUGACCACACCUAAAGUAGCCACGAUCUCCGACUCAGGCUUCGAGACAGUAGAUCUCAGAGCGAAGUAGACUUAAAAUUAUUACCUAACACUGCCUUUAAUAGUGAUAUUUUUAGUGUGAGUGACUGUGUGAAUAAGACUAUGGUUCAAAGUGAAUCUGUGAAGAAAUGAGAUUUUGAUGCAAUUCUGAUCACUGUCGUGGUUUCCAUGUUUACGUGGAAAUCUGAUGAUAUUUACCGGUUUUAUUAAAACUUGACCAUAAACACGCCAAUACGCCAUACGCCUAUAUGUAUGUUUCCGGUUAGUUACCUAUAUAAUUUAUUCUCAGUUCAGGGCUUAUUUAAAGAUUGAGUCAUUUAAAAAGGCUAAAAAAAAAAUAGACUAGGACACUCAAAUGUAAAGUCACCUUUUGACACGAAUAAUGUUUUCACUAUAAAACACGCAGAAGUUGAAGAAAUCAUAGUAAAUUUCGCCGUAUUUCUGGUCAAGUUAAGCCGGUAACAGUAGUGUUCGGUUUUGGACUGACGCCAUUGGCAAAGGCUUAUAAAAUCACUUGAUUGAUACCUACCGAAAUAAAUAGUAUAAAUACACAUAGCAAUGUGCCGAAGAGAAUUUUUAAAAAUUGUACAGCUCCCAUGAA